GACUACUGCAGCUCCAGCGGUGCAGACUGCGACGGCCGAGAAGGAGGCCGGAGGUGAUGCUGCGCCUCGCGGACCCUCGGCCUUGAGCCCACCCCGCAUCGUCAGCGGCACGCUCACAAGGCUGUGCCGCGAGGCUUAUGUAAGCGGGAAUCUUGGCCCUCCACUAGCGUGAGCUGGUCCGAGCGCAGGUGUUCUCGACCUCGUCGACUUUCGCUUGCCUCUUCUCCUCACUACAUCAACACUAGACUCUGACCGAGGACCAGCCAGCUUCUCGAAAGGCUCCACUUCAACGUCAAGCUCGCAGUAUCCACGCAGCUACCUUGCACCGCCCCACACUUCCAGGACCUCUCGGCAAUCUAGCCCAGUAUGUCGAUGACACUCGAAGGCAACGGCCCCGAGCGGACGCCUCGGCCCACGCCCCAAGUGGCAUCUGCGCACGUGUUGGAUCUAUUCAAGAUGACCGAUCGCGUCGUCUGCGUCACUGGCGCCGCCUCCGGCAUCGGCUAUGCCGCGUGCGAAGCUAUGGCAGAGGCUGGAGCGCACGUCGCGAUGUUCUACAACAGCAACGCGGCGUGUGUGCAGAAGGCAGAGGCGCUGGCAAAGCAGUGUGGCGUGAAGGUGAAGGCGUAUCAGGUGCAGGUCACGGAUGCCGAGGCGGUCAAGAUGGCCGUUGAUCAGGUCGUCGCGGAUUUCGGAAAGCUGGACUGCUUCGUGGCCAAUGCUGGCAUGGCCGUGUCGAAGCCGAUCCUCGAGAUCAGCCUCGAGGACUGGCGCAAGAUGUCGGACGUCAACUACCAUGGUGUGGCAUACAGCGCAAUGGCAGCGGGUGCAGUCUUCAAGAAGCAGGGCUUCGGCAACUUCAUCGCGACGAGCUCAAUGAGCGCAUCGAUCGUGAACGUGCCUGUGCUGCAGAGUGGGUACAAUGCAAGCAAGGCGGCGGUCACGCACCUCUGUAAGUCACUCGCCGUCGAAUGGCGCGACUUUGCACGCGUCAACAUCGUGUCGCCGGGCUUCCACCACACGGACAUGGGCGCAAGCCCCGGUGUCGUGCAGGAAGCGCUGCGCAUGACCCCGCUUGGCCGUCAGGGAGACGUGCGCGAGCUCAAGGGCGCCUAUCUCUACCUCGCUUCCGACGCAAGCUCGUUCUGCACUGGCACUGAUCUGCUCGUCGAUGGCGGCUACACGCUGCCGUGAGGAGCGAUGGCAGAUGAGGAAAGGUGGAACGACGUGAGAUUCUGAUGCGCAGCGCAGCGGGAGGAAAUGGCGAUGGUGCGGACAUGAUGAGGGCGAGCAGCGUGGUGUGAGGUGACGACGUGAAGAGCACGGAAUGAGGACGGAAGAGAGGCUACAUGAGGUGAGAAUGCGCGGUGGCGAGGACAGGUGACGCGAUGAAGAGUCGAUCGUGGAAGGAGGCGGCGUGGACUUGAGAUGCUUCAGGAGCGAGGACGGGCUCGAGCACUUCAGUCGAGGUCGCGAGGA